UGUCAAGUCAUCUACCAGACUACCAACCCACUCUACCACACUUCCAAACACCCAGGCUACCCGUCACGCCCAUAUACUGUACUACGACAAACUCGUAGGGCCCGAGGCGCCCUCGGCCCCAGGGAGCCCUUGGGUCUUGCCCACGCCCGCCAAGUAUUCUUUGUCCUUUCUGCCGUACGAUCACCAGUCCACCAAGCCAUCGACGUUGCUCGGAAGACCGGGGCAUGACAGGUUUGAGAUUUGGGCCGAGCGGUACAGGCUCAGUUUGGCCAUCAGGCAAAUGAGAUGCAAGACUGCAACCAUCUCGGGAUGCCUACAUCGGGGAUGGCAGCACAAACCCUACAGUUUGUACUUUCUGCUCUCUGAACAGCCCGUGCCAGCUUCAAAUUUACCCACCGACCCGGAACAAACAUGCCAGGUGACGCCUUCGAAGCUCAGCUCACUCCAUCAUUUCUCGUUUUCCCAGCAGUGCCCGUUGCCUGCCCCACGAUGUCCACGCUACCCUGAAUGACUCUUUCGGCCUUGGGAAUCGCCAUCUUCGAUCCCUCCACCGCAAAAGAAGAUCCCCCUACCUUGUAUAACAGCCUCCAGCCCGCUCCCACAAAGUCUUGGUCCUUCUUUCAACCAUUCAUUGCCUUUAAACGCCCUCCCUUUCAAUUCACUUCAUCUUACCUUACCUUCAACCUCGACCGUUUCCGCAUCCUUUGAUCGUCCAUCUGUGCAACACCAUUACUUCAUCACCCCAGACCCUUUUCGACCAUUUUGUACUUGAUAUUCAAUUUGGCCCCCUCCCACCUGGGAUUCAUCUUUGUGUUUAUAGUCGCUUGCUUCCAUCUGUUGGUCAGCAUGAACCACGGCAGUCAAGACCUAGCCUUAGCCAUGCGUCCCUUUCGAGACCAAUACGACAAGAACCAUCACCACCUUACGCCCGCUGAACGAGAGAGAGGUUGGCGACGGUACGUAGCGUCCAGCGCAAGCUCAACCCACGUCGGUCCGGAAGCAUCCCUCCAACUUUAUGGAUCCUCGGUUCCUCAGAAGCGUACCGCCUCGCAUGCCUUGGACGAACCUGUCGGCCCCUGGUCCAAGCGUGCUGGAAAUGCUCCCAUGGCAUCCUCGGCACCGUCUAUUCCUCACCUUGAGCGGCACUUUUCGGCUCCCACUCCUGGUCGUCAUCCCACGAAUAGUCCUCAAGAUCGGAGACCUCGACCUUCGGUUCCAGUACAGACAUCCGCCACCUCGUUCCCUAUGCCCAUUCCGACUCAACAUGGCCAGCGACAAGUUUGGCCCUCUCCUUUCGCGUGGCCUACACACUCGAGCCCCAACCUCCCCUACGUCCAAGAGACGACCAAUAUGUCGCCAGAUGAGUACCUCGCCCGCCCGGUGGAGGAUGACUUUGUGUUUCCCCUCCAGUCUACACUCGAUACGCCUACCAUCAGCGGUGAGUUAGGUAGCAAUCAGUUGUCGCAUCUCACUCCGUCAUGCCAUUCGGCAUUAGAGGCGCUGGGAAGCUACCAUUCCCCAGUGUCCGCGUCGUCCGAUUCCAGUCUGACGGCAUCCUCCAUGGAGUCGUCAAACUUGAUGAAUCGCAGUAACACAAAUGAACUAUGCGAAGGCUUGGGAAUGAUCCGCGUUGACUCCAAGUCGCAGUCCGCGUCGGAAGCAACCUUCGUUUCGACCCUGUCUGACUCGUACUAUGCCUCGCAUAGCCUCGGGGUUCCACCGGAUUUUCCUUGUUUUUCCUCCGUACCUGAAUAUGGGUACAUGUCUUUUCCUAUUGCGUGUGUGGAUGAAGAGCUUUCGCCUUCGAGUUCUGAGAUGAAGCCUACUACCUCGACGGGUAGUAGCUCUUCGUCUAUUUCUAUAUUCAGUCAAUCGUAUUCACCUGUGGGAGUGUUUCCUGACGAAGGCGUGCCUCGUGUCACUAACGCAACGUCGCGACCCAUCGCGCCUAAGACGCAAGAGCCGUCCGUGGUGUCGAGUGGGCGGCGACGACCACCACACAUGGUCAUGGUCAAAGGCGAGGACGGGACGGUCAAGCAAAAGGCCGAGAUCCCUCGACAGACUCGACAGCAACCGGCACGCAAGGCCAUCUUCUGUGAAUUGUGCAACGAUAACCCGGCAGGGUUCCAUGGUGAGCAUGAACUUCGGCGGCAUUGUGAUCGACACCACAAGACGCAUCGCAAGGUGUGGAUCUGCAAAGAGAAGAACGCCGGGAGCACGCUCCUAGCCAACUGCAAAUCGUGCCGUAACAAGAAGGCGUAUGGGGCCAACUACAACGCGGCAGCUCACCUUCGACGGGCACAUUUCCAUCCGUGCAAGAAUCGACGGGGCGGCCGGGGCAAGAAGAGUGAAAACCGAGGUGGCAAGGGAGGAGGAAACCAUCCUCCAAUGAAAGUGCUGCAAGACUACAUGUAUCAGGCGAUUGAGGUCACGAUUAAUGGCACACGGAUCAUUCAAGAGUCGCCCGGGUCUAUGGCCGCCGACUCCGAAGUCGAGCUUGGACUGCUUGACGGGGCCGGUUUGGAUUUUGACGACGAGUUCAAUGCGCCAUUGGAGGACUUUUCCUUCAAUGACAUGUCUCAACAAUUCAUACAAGCCUACGACAUGACGACCGACGCCUCGUACCUUGUAUGCACCGGGGUCACGAGUUCAGCCAUGCCAGUAACAAUGGCGGCGGGUAUAGAUAACGUCAACAGCAUGACGUUGAUGAAUGAUGGCGGGUCAUUGGGGACUUUUUGGGGUCCCAGCAUCUUUUGAGCCACGGUGGUGCGGUGGCGAUGACUCGGGGAUGAGAUGGCUGCUUGAGCGGUUUUGGCUUGGACGUCCUGGAUCAGUCAGGACAAGGUUUGAUGAAAUGGUUGUGCACGGCCUCCAGGUGCCGAUUUCACCCAGCAAGACUCGACGACACCAGUGUAUCUUAGAUUUUUUGUCAACGUCUAUCGGAUAUGGGGAUCUAUGGGGAAAAGCAAAAGUUGGAAUGAUUCCGGCAGUGAUG